AUGUCCCAACUCACACCGGCCAACGAAGACCACAUUCGAUGCGUACAACCGCGACCGAAGCGACUGGUCGUUGGUAUCACCGGCGCCACUGGCACGCCAUUUGCAAUCCGCCUGCUUCAAAUACUGCGUGAGAUUGGUGUCGAGACACACUUAAUCAUGAGCAAGUGGGCGCUCGCGACAUUGAAAUACGAGACGCCCCUCAGCGAGAACCAGAUUCGCGGUCUAGCGCAUACCAACUACACUGCGCGGGACAUGUCGGCACCGAUUGCGUCUGGAUCGUUUCAACAUGAUGGCAUGAUCAUCGUGCCAUGCAGCAUGAAGACACUGGCAGCUGUACGAGCUGGGUUUGGAGACGACCUGAUAUCCCGCGCCGCGGAUGUUACACUCAAAGAAGGAAGGCGGCUGACGCUUGUUGUGCGAGAAACGCCACUGAACGAUAUCCAUCUCGACAACAUGUUGUUUCUUCGACGAGCCGGGGCUGUAAUUUUCCCACCCGUGCCUGCGUUUUACACGCGACCGAAGACCUUGGAGGAUAUCAUUGACCAGAGUGUCGGUCGGAUGCUAGACUCACUAGGCUUCCACAUCGAUAGUUUUGAAAGAUGGGAUGGAUUUCGUCAAGACUAG